GCUGGUGAGACAGAGCAACAGACCAUGGAACGCAUUCAGAAUGACCCUGAGAUCAUGUCGAUUCUCCAGGACCCCGUUAUGCAGAGCAUCCUGCAGCAGGCCAAGAGCGACCCGGUGGCCCUGCAAGAGCACAUGAAGAACUCGCAAGUGCGGACGAAGAUCCAGAAGCUGAUGGCGGCUGGUGUGAUCCGCUUGGGACGGUAAACACUGACGAAAAGAAAAAGUGAUGAUGC